CUUUGGCAUGGCGCAGCUCGUCGUCCUGCGCUGGUGCCUCGUUAUGGCGUUGGCUGUUGGCUAUGCCGCCGCGAUGAACAGCACAGUGCCUGCCAACAAGACGGGCAACCUUCGCGUGGAAGACAGCAUGUUGCCAGGCACCGACAUCAGCAACAAGUGGGGCAUUCAGCGAGCCGUGCGCACACCGUACUGGUGGCGGCCCAUCGACUGCCUCGACUCGUGGAUGACGAUCUGGAACACGAUCGUCAACACGCGCCGCGCGACCGACGCGGGCGGCAAGGUCUGGCACGCUCACAAGUCGAACGGGUCGCCGCAGUUUGAUAUGCUGCGCAACGUCCAAGACGACUUGUGUCUGGAUGCGUGGUGGAACGACUAUGCGCGCAAGCCGUUCGUGCACGGCUACAAGUGCAGCUACGACGAGCCCAACCAGCGCUGGAGCUUUGAGCUCCCGACACCCGGUGGCGCUGACGGCAGCAAGAUUUGCAGCAAGCGCCAUCCCGGCUGGUGCUUGGCCAUCAGCGCAUUCGGCGACUCGUACAUGGAGCCAUCGUGGAGCACGGACGACAAUCUUAUGUUUGGUUUUCGUCCGUGGUUGGAAGAAUUCUAA